UGGGUGAUCACCUUGAACAGAGUACCGUGGCCUAAUGGUUCUGGCGGUAAAAAACCUCUCAGCGAGAACGAAAUUGGGAUAUAAAUACAAAUCGGACAGAGCUAGUGAACAUGCAUUAACCGUGUGGAAUACAAAAUCCUUGUGGCUCCAGGAUUCCCUAGCUCAUCAAUCAGCCUUGACCCGGAUGAUUUCAGCUGACGAAACUGGAAAACCAUUCCCUUAAUUCUCUCAUUGAAUAUUUCUACAUUUUGAACUAUCUAGGUAUUAUCCGGAUGCCAUCCCGAUCUUGCUAUCUGUUCCUCAUGGUCUGACAUGCCUGGAGUCUUAUUAUCCAUGGACUUGGACGAUAUCUCGGUGGUCAAACUUGACAGCGAUGAUUUUUCGGAUUCCUCUUCUCGGCCGGAAAUCGUGGAACUAAGUGAGGAUGCCGCCGGAAAGACCCCCGUUGUUGUUGCCCCAUGGGAUGCUAAGGCCAAGCCUAGCCAACGCCGGGGACGAGGCAGGCCUCGAAAAACACUAACGACGUCCACUGGGAGUGAGGGAUUGAAACAAGGCCCUUCACGUGGGCGGGGUAGGCCGAAAACCCGUCCUCGGUCCCCGAAAGAUACUCCAAUUAAAGUUCGUCGGCGACAGAGGGCGGAUCCUUCGGAUGAUUCAUCCACCGACACGGAUUUGGCAUUGGCUCCAUUUUGCGAUAGCGAUUGCGAGGCGGUUCAAAGGUUAAAGUGGCCCAAAUGUCGGGUAUCCUUGAGGUUUUUGAAUGCAGAUCAGGUCAGGCGAUGGACUCCCGGCCGGGUCAAGGCACCCAAGUCAUGGACAAAGACCCUCACCAUGCAAGGCCAGACCGUUCGUGUGCAAGAAGAGGUUGAGCCCCAGUCAACCCGGAGAGAGAGGCGCCAAGAUUUUGAUUCUAGGGUGUAUGAUUUACCGCGACGAUCCACGCGGGAUCGCAAGGUGAGGUAUGAUGACGAUGCUUACACCUCUUUUGAGGAUGAAUCUGACGAUUCUAUGAUGCCCUUGAAGCGAAGAAAACGCCUCAAGAAGAGUAGGAAAGCCAGGCGGGCUCGAAGUCGAGAGUAUGACGAGGAGGGUUCGGAGCACUCGGAUGAUGUCGGAUCCGAGAGCUCAUCCAGUUCAUCCGAGGACGAAAAGUUGAGACGAGAGGCGAGCAAGCCCCUAAUAUCUGACUUCAAAGUGAUUAGCACCAUUGACAUGGAUUCGGCUUGUAAUCGGAAAUUUAAAACAUCGGGCUAUACUAUGACCCCCCAUGGUAGAUCCAAGGAAGCCAAGUAUUGGCUAUGGUUUGUUCAAUAUGUCGUAGAUUUCUGGCCAGACAUGGAUCCGUUUCAUCCCACGGGCCACUCGAUAACGGCUUUUUUACAAUUCCUGCGCAAUUACGGAUUCUUCUCCAAUACCCACCUGACCAAAGCCAAGCGGAUGAUUCUCAACACAGCUUCUUUAGCGCCCAAAGACAAGUGCGGGUUAAUGAGGACUUUAAUGCUGCCAAGGAAAAGCGAGGUGAGCAAGCAUGAUGAGAAGAAAAAUCAACGGACCUUGGCCAAAUAUGUCAAGUAUGGGACUAAGGCAUUGGACCCAUUCGUGGCCUUUUGCCAUGGACUUCAGCCUCCUGUGAAUCCGUUUACGUGUGACAUCACGGUAAUCAAGGCGUUUUUGAAAGCAUUUCGCUUUCAAUUUCUUUUAAAUCAAGGGAACUCACUGGAUGGUUUCAUUCUGAACCUGUGUAAGUAUCACCGAGACAAGAGUACUUUACAACAAAUGCCUGAGAUUCAAAGCCUAUUGCAAUGCUAUCAAGGCCGAUGUUUGGGUCUUCUCUCGUGGAAAGAUAUCACGGAAGAGCAAUCCAAUAGUGUUCUCGAUUGUACGCCGGACUACAGAUAUGAAAAAUACUUGAAGAAGCACGAAACCGCCGACGAUUUCUGGCGGGAGAGGAUCGUCUUUCAAGCUAUGGAAUCCAUUUUCAAUGAAGACUCCCAAACUAGUGCGAAAAAUACCCAAGCCAUCCUUUACGACAAGGCCACCAACUUGGGCGUAUCUCCCGAAAUGAUGGUGGCCAACUUUUGCAAGAUGGCCAUUCCCUUGGAGUCAUUCCCCUCGACAAUCAAAGAGUUCUUAGCCAAGAAUCCGGAGGGCGAUUUCUAUGAAGAGCACCAUGUGAACAAAAUGAUUCAACGAGUGCGAGACCGAAAAAUCCCCCUUGCUCAAGCGUGCUUCGAUCUAGGGCUGGCGUUUCGCUCGUUUCAAAGCAAGGUCGGUCGAAUCAAGGACAAAGAAGAAGUUGAAGUGACCAAGCCUCAGGCUCCCAAAAAGAAUGCGUUAGAAAAGCAACUCGAAACCGGAGAGAAGACCCAAGAUAUGUCCGAUUAUGAAGCCAUGCGACUUAGAAACAUCCAGGAAAGGCUGGCCCUCUUCAAGCAACUGAAUUUCGAAUCUUUCAAGCCCGAACCCGAGAAACGGGCUCCCAAGAAAAAAGAAGUUGAGCUAAGGGAAAAAUCCCAAAGAGUCAUUCGAAACCAAGGUUCAGCUUUAGAACGAAAGGCUCAUCAGAUGAAAAAAGAUGAAGUCUUUAUUCCGAGCGUGGAUUUAAAUCUAACCGAACUAGCUUCGCUAGGAGUUCCUUUCACAAAUAAGCGCAAGUUCCUCAGUUGUCUUCAACAAGAAUUAGCCGAAGAUUUGGAAGAGUCCUCCUCCCACAACGGAAAACCCCACGUGCCUUAUUCUGGAGUGUUUAAAGUGACCGAAAACAUCAGUUUGACCAAUGAAAGGCUCACUUGCUUGGCAAUUGGGCCCACGUCCAAACACCUGGAUCUCCUCGCCGCUGGAGACAGAGAAGGCUCUCUUCACUUUUGGUUGCGGUCUUCAGACUCAAAUGGAUCAAGCACAGCACGAUCUUGCAGUUUUCAUCCUCAUGUUGGACUUCUUAGCCAAACCGCAUUUAUCCAUCCGAAUCGCAUCGUCACGAGCGGUCUCGAUGGUUUUAUGCGAUCCAUCGAUUUGACUGCCCAAAAAGUUGCACCCGUACUAAAAUGGUUCGAUCACGGUACCCUCGAAGAACACUAUGAAAUCAAGUACUUCUCUCAUCGAAACGAAAACGAGCUAAUUGUUUCUCGUGGAUUGCCAAUGGCCAUAUCUCUUCUGGAUCUGCGAAGUGGCAUCUUAGAGCCCCUAUUGAACGAUCCUGAUCUGAAUCCCAACUUCACGCUUACAAGCAUUUAUCCCCAGAACAAUAAUUAUUUUUCGACCCUCAUGAACGAGUCCAUUGCCUUGUACGACAUCCGACAAAGCUCCCAAGCGAUAUCAAGUGCUUCGAUCGCAUCUCCACGUCAAGCCGAUUUCUCCCCUGAUGGAUCUCUCUUGUUAGCCAUGAGUGGAUCAUCCGCCAAAGUGUUCCGAGUGGAUCCAACAAAUUUCACUCUCCAAGAAACCGGAGUGGACCUGAGCCCCUUGAACAGUACCCGCAAGUCGAUCCCUGCCAAUGGGCGUCCCAUAUGUUGGAAUCCCAUGGACAAACACGCAGUAUUUGGAGCCGUGAAGUCAUUCAAAGCGGCCAGAGCUUUGGAAACAACCACUGUUGGAAGCUUUUGUGCCAAAACCGGAGAGUUAAACUCGGAUUUGGAUUUACUAAUCCAGGAUUCUGCGGCGGGGUUCGUGGCCCUUGGUAGUAAGAAUACCUUGGUCGUAAUGAACGCAAAUGCUUCCGGGUCGGUUAGCUUGGCAGUUGGCGUUUCUUCCUCGUGAAAUAAAGCAACAUAUGUUUCGGGUGGGAAGACAAGCUAAGUAGCGUUAUUUCAUCUGUUAGUAAUCUAAAAUAUUUUAUUCAGGUGAUUUAACACUUGUUCGCAUCGAGUCCAGUAGUUAUUCGGUGGAACAACAUGACGAUAGCGUUGCGAAUCAGUCAAAUACUUGGUUGCCUAUUAUUUAUAGUGUUGAUGGAUCACUUGGAGUUAGUAACAGUUACUAAAUGGUUUGUGGAGCAAGAGACUUUUCUAGAGGAGCCCGCCAAUUUAGAGCAUUACCUCGAUGAUAUACAGAAAUAUUUCGAGGCUGAAAAUAUUCCCGUAACCGAAGAAAAUAUUCAACAGUUUUUAGAAGCAAUUCGGAAUGGAGAGUUAUAAAUGCAUCUUAUUUUAAAGUUUGCAACCAUUUAUGAAAACGAUUGGCGUCCAUUUUGCUUCUUCGGUUAACGAUGUGAAUUUCCAUCAGAUGUUUCAAACCAAGAGCAAUAACAAUCCAUUCAAAGGUCUGUGCUCGUGUCUUAAUGUGCAGAAUCAUCCCAAGAAAAAGUGAACCUAGUAAUACCACUUUCAAAUCAAAUAUACGAGUCGUCAUGUUUAUUGUCGUCAAGCCACCCAAUCAAAACAUGGGUGUUCACAGAAACAUGGCAAAUUCAGAGAGCGAAUCAAUCUGAAUGGAAUGUAUCCAAGGUGCGGAACUCAAAUCCAGCCGCUUUGGCCGCUUUGAAGAAGGAGACGUAUUGCUCGGCAUCUUCCCGAUUGUUGAUGAACCCAUGAUCGUGGGUCAACACGACCAACUUGUUGGGACCUCCCUUGGUGGCCAGGAACCCUUUCUUGAAUUUCACCACCUUCUCCAUGAACUCUUGGUAGGUUGUGGAAAGACCACGUCCCCAAUUGGACUGCCACUCCACAUCCCAGCCGAACACAGACCGACCUCGGUUGUACAAUUCGUCGGCAAUCUCGAUGGCGAUAUCGUUGGAGGCCUUGGGCAAGGUACAGGCAUGGCAAUUAUGCUUGAUCACGUCCCCAUUGGUCAUGUUCACUCUCCAAUGAUCGGUGUGGGGCAGACGGACCAACUUGGACAUGGUGAUCACGACACGGCCGAAUUGCUGGCGUUCAAUCUUCUUGCCGGUGAAGAAUCGGACCAAGGGUCUGACGUUCAUCGCUCCAAAGUAGUCGAUAUCCGAGAUGUUUCGAUACGUAUUGAUGGGGUUGGACUGGCCCUCAUCCGAAUUGUGAACCAUAUGAUUGAAGGACAAAUCUCCCAUUGCGUGACCUUCAAAGACCAUUCG